AGCACUACACGCAGCACUAAAUGCUACAAUGGCUUCCGACUCGCAGCAGUACCAACAACAAUACCAUACACAAGCCCAACAGCCAUAUCAUAUAUCGGCGGGACAGCCCCAGAGUAGUGUGUAUAAUCAGAACUACACCACCCAACCGUCGCGCCAUGAUCCCUGGAACGGUCAAGGACCUUCCAGGUCUUCGAUGGUCCCCCGAUCAGGCCAUGUUAUCUUCGACCCGGUGACCGACCCCGUAAACUAUUCGGAAUUUCUGAACGACGUAGACACAUGGACGAUGAACUACACCGACCCAUCAUAUUUAAUCUCACCCAGCGAACCUACAUUACCACCUCAUGACAAUCCUUUUUCCAUGGCAGCACAAAGUCUCACCCAUCGCCCGCAUAAUCACGUUCCUCGGGCACAUAUUCAAAGUCAGACCCCGGUAGAGAUGCAUUUCACUAGAGCAUCGCCCCGUCCGGAUCAGCAAAAUUUUGUCAACUAUGAUGCAUCCUCCACUCUAUUUACAGACAAUUACAUCACUGGACACCAAUAUUCUCCAACAUCACCAGCGUCAUCAUCAAUCGGGCAAUACCCACGAGAACCUUGUCAACCAGCCAUCAGCCCUACUGCUGCCAGCCCUGGUAGCUCAGAUGGCAUGUUCUCAUCUUAUCAACAUUCAGACUCUGGGGUGAUGCUCGAUCCAUUCCCGGCACAUCAGUUUAACAACAUGCUACUACCCCAAGUCCCUUCCAUGAAGGUAGAUUUUCCGCCUACUGCACGUGUACCAGAAACGAGUUUUGAAGCUUCUCCGGAGCCUGAGUCGUCUCGAUCAAGUGCGGCAUCGAAAGCCUUGAAACAAUCUGGAGGACGAGCACUUGGUACUCAUUUGGAGCCCACGGUGGCGAAAGCGGCACAUGAUAUGCGAAAGAUUGUAGCCUGUUGGCACUGCGUCCUACAAAGAGACAAAUGUGGACCCGGCGACAUUUGCGAGCGGUGUCUGAAACGUUCUCAGCGCCCGAAUGCUGAUUGUGGCCUUGGAUGCACGCGCAUCAAGCUCAUUGAUCUAUCAUCGUACUUUCUUCCAGCCUUAGUGACGCAGAUGCACGAGGACUCGAACCUGACACAUUUCGUUACUCAACACAUACACCAGUGGGGUAAUGUGGAGUUAACGGUCUGGAUGACUUGUGGUCAAAGCCACAUGCCCAGAAUCCCUGUCAAGGUGUACGAGUUUAUCCCACGAGGAAAUGCCUUGUUGGUGCAAAUACAGUAUGGAACUGAUCCUAUCACGCACGAAAGAGUCGCAGUGACCAAGCAAAGCCCAGCAUUGGGAAUGGUACACAUCAACCACAAUGAGGAGAAGAAAUAUGACAAGUACCUCUCAGACAUCGUCGACAACCACCUUGAUGCCUUCGGCGAGCUUUGCUGGAAGGAGGAUGACAACGACUUUCAACAAAAUUUGUUCAAGCUGAUGACGAGGGUUAAACCAAAGGGCGAUGAUGAGGCGAAACUGCUGCGCGAAGUCUAUCGUCUCAUCGUUGUAACCUACAUCAUGUCACAUACUCUUACCAUUGCCGAAGAAACCAAGGUCGCCACGCUCUCACGGAUGCAUUCCUACGGCGGUCACAACUCUUAUACCGACAAGUUCACAUCCCCGCGCAUGACCAACCGUCAACUCAAGUACUUCUUCUCUCGGCUUCAACGCUCGAUCCAGGCCAUCAUCCUAAAUAAGUUGCAGCAAAUGUUCAAGUCAUCUAAAGGCUGUGACAAGUGGCUUCCAGCGUUCGUUGCAGUAUUGGGCAUGUGCAUGGCGCUCGAAGACCAGCAGAAGACGAUCCAUGUCGUCAUGUCGACGAAGUCUGCAACCGAUGGUAUCGACCAACGAGAUGCGCAAGGCCAAGCAGACAUUGCGUGUCGGGAAAUUGAUGCAAGGAUGCACUUUGUUCAGCAAAUCUUCCGGUUAAAGUAUAACCGCAAGUGUAACCCGUUGCGCAACGCGGAACUUGAUUGGGAUAAAGAGGUUGGGUUUGGUGACGCUUCAAGCGUCCACUUUGUGAGGCAGGUUGCGCAAUUAGUCAAGGACAACACCGACUUCCUGCAACAGCGCCAGCAAGUCAGUAUUUCGCCUACCAACCAAACCAAGUACACGUCGCGUCUUGUGGGCCAGUUUCUACUUUCUUUCUGGCUUCCGAACGCAUAGUUGCAUUUUGUUACGACCCCUCCUAUCAUUCGUCCUUGAGUCCUUGUCCUGGCUGGACUCGGACACUUCCUCGCAUCGCUGUUUUAUCUUUCCUUCUCAUUACGAUCUCACGUCCUUCUCAUGAUCCUGCGCCUUUCGGUAGCGAGGAGCCUGGUGUAUCAGGCGUGCGGAUCCUGGGCCUUCAUCACAAAAUACGUUGGAAGACCUGCCGUGGAGACGGCAGGCCUAAACGAAUUAUGACUCUGCUACUUUCAAAGCGGUUCAUCACACUACAGCCUUUCUUUUGGAAAUGUGUUUAUACCCUCUCUUUUCUUCUCAUGGUUGUCUUAUUCUAAAUGUAGCGUAUGGAAAGAGUAAGCAAUGUAUGUUUUUAUGAUAGCGAGUGUCUCGUUACGUAGAAUGUCAUCACUUUAUUUGAGAAAUUGCUUUAGCGAGAUUUGUAAACUUGCGACGGCUCCCAUUACGUC